AUGCUACUAUCUGGAAGAAUCUUAUAGACACUUUUAGAUCAAAGAUCAAUGAAAAGUCUAUUUAUGCAUUCAGCAAUUUUAAGGUCGUGGAAUCCACAAAAUAUAGGCCAGUGAGCAACGAAAUUAAAAUAUAUUUUGCAUACAAUACAAAGGUAAAGGAAAUAAAAGGAUCUUCGGAAGUUUUCCCGGAAUAUGGCUUCGAGUUUGCUACCAUGGACACACUAGAAGAAAGGGCGGAAAAAGAUACACAAUGCUCAGAUGUCAUUGGACUACUAACUCAAAUGAAGCCAGUGGAGACAAGAAUAACAAAAAGGAACCCACAACCUUCAUAUAUCCGCGACAUUGAAAUCCUAAUGCCUGAGGGUGAUAAAAUCAGAAUCACGUUGUGGGGAAAGUUUUCUUAUUUUUUGACCGAGGAUGUAAUCGGCAGCCAAACUGACCUUAUUAUCACAUCAACGAUGGUGCAGAGAUUCAAUGGUAAGUGCAUAAAUCUUACAUGCUAUUCUUAUCAUUUACAAAUUCUAACUGAAUGA